AUGGCCGAGGCAAUUGUUUCCACGAUCUUGCAGCAGCUGACUGCAAUCACGACAGACAAAGCAAGCGAAGCGUGGGAGCUGGUGAGGGGUGUUGAGAAAGAAGUCAAAAGACUUGAAAGCAAUUUUAAGGCAAUGCAGUACGAGCUUGAAGAUGCGGAGGAAAAACAAUAUGUGGACAAACGUCUGAAACAUUGGUUAGAAAGGUUCAAACAAGUUUCUUAUGACAUGGAAGAUGUAUUGGACGACUGGAAAACUGCUGUCCAGCAGUUGCAAAAAGCAGAUCAUGGAGUUGGAACCAGUACUACUGUUCCGAAGUGGAAGGUUUGUCCCUUUGUUUCAUGCUUUUCCUUUGGUUCUAAAGUCGUUAGGCGUCAUGAGAUUGCUACCAGAAUAAAAGAUAUCAAUGAAGAGCUUGACCAGAUUGUUAAAGACAAAGAUAAGUUUGAAUUGGUAAAAAGAGAAAUUAUUAAGCUACCAAAACGGCCAGAAAGCACUUCUUUUGUGGAUGUGUCAAAGUUAUACGGUCGAGAUGGGGAGAAAGAAGUCAUAAUAAGGAGAUUGCUUUGUGGAACUAGUGAAGAAGAAGGGAUUUCCAUUCCUACCAUCACUAUUGUAGGGAUGGGAGGAAUAGGGAAAACAGCUCUUGCCCAACUGAUUUAUAAUGACCCCAGAAUUCGGACCCAUUUCGACAAAAAAAUUUGGGUGUGUGUAUCAGAUCCCUUUGAUCUUAGCCAAAUUGCAAGAGCAAUUCUUGAAGGUCUUGACUUAACAGUAUCACUUCAAAAUACAACUCCAUUGCAAACCCUUUUGAGCAAGAUCAGUGAAAACAUUAAAGAAAAAAAAUUGUUUCUUGUUCUGGAUGAUGUGUGGACAGAUCGUGGUCAAGAUUGGGAACAACUAAAAGCUGCUUUCCAAUCUGUCAUGUUGGGAAGUAGGAUUUUAAUAACUACUCGUAAGGAAUCAGUUGGAAAACACUUGGAAUCCUCCCAUGUCUUACAGUUAGAUCCAUUGUCUGAGGAGAUAUGUUGGUGGAUACUUUCUCAAAAAGCAUUUACUGGAAGGAACCAGAUUGGCUGUGAAAAUUUAGAGGACAUUGGAAGGGAAAUAGCAAAGAAGUGCAAAGGUUUACCGCUUGCUGCAAAAACUUUAGGAGGUCUUCUGCAAGAUAAAUUACGAAGAGAAGAGUGGCAAAAUGUUUUGAAUAGUGAGAUAUGGAAAUCAGAUUUUGAACAAUAUAUUUAUGCACCUUUAUUGUUGAGUUAUUUUGAUUUGCCCUCAGCAAUAAGACGAUGUUUUUUGUAUUGUGCAAUCUUUCCCAAGGACUAUGUAAUUGGUAAAGAUGAUUUGGUCCAGCAUUGGAUGGCACAAGGAUAUUUGAACUCUGUUGACAAUUUAGGGGCAGAAUUAGAAGGUGAACAUCACUUCAAGUGCUUAGCAUCUCAUUCUUUUUUCCAAGAUUUUGACGAAGAUGCUAAUGGCGACAUAAUUUGCUGUAAGAUGCAUGACAUGGUACAUGACUUUGUCCAGUUUUUGACCAAAUGCGAAUUCAUCAUAGAGAAGAUAGAUGAAGAUUUAGCAUUGGACUUAUCUUCCAAAAAUCCUCGUCAUUUGAGGUUGGUGAUUGAAAAUUGCAGCUCUUCUCCUAUGUCCAUUUAUGGCACAGAAAAAUUGCGAAGCCUUGUAGCAGUUUGUCAUGGAUUUUAUGUAACAGCUGAAUCCUUAAAGAGCUUGUUUAGUAGAUUCAAGCAUCUAAGAUUAUUGAAGUUUGAGCGGUUGAAACUAGUAGAAUACGAAAUGGUUCGUGACAUAGGAAAUUUGAUUCACUUGAGCAUUGUGCGAAUUGCCUAA